CGGAAGCGCGGCCGAGGCGCGGCCAUGUCGGCGGCGCUGCUGCGGCGGGGGCUGGAGCUGCUGGAGCCGCCGGGGCAGGGAAAGGUGCCUCCGGGAGCCCAGCGGGGCCGGGAUGGCGCCAGGGUCGCGGGCGCUGCGAGGCGGAGGAAGAGGGCGCCGGAGCCCGGCAGGAACAAGGCCACGGUCAAGGGGAGAGUCGUGAAGUCGGCAAUAGAGGAGUAUCAUAAGAAGAAGCCUGUGAAUCACUUGAGAGAAAACCUGCAGUACAUGUUGAAGGGACGACUUGUUGCAGACAAAGCCAUCACAGAAAAAGUUCUUGCUCAGAACAGAGGCAGGAAGUCCAAAGAUCAGCCUCCAGAGAAGGCAGAAAAGAAGAAGCCCGAAAGCACUGUCUUUACUGAGGAAGAUUUCCGUAAAUUUGAGAGAGAAUACUUUGGGAUACCGUAAACAACGUGAUGGGAAUUCUUGCAGCUCCGGUCUUUCUGCAGCUAAGUGCUCAGCACACAGGACUGGACAUUUCCUCAUCGUGUUUGAGAUGGGACAUCAGAGAUGCCUUUCUACCAGCGAGGACUUCCAUGUCAGACUUGCAGGGCAGCUCUGCAUCUGUGCAGAACUUGUUACUGGCCAGCUAAAGCCACAUCUCUUGGCUCUGAGAUGUGUUGACCUUAUAAUUAUCUUCCUGCAGCUAGCAAGUCUUGCAUCCUUAAUGUUGAAGGGCGGACCAAGCCAAAUACAAAUCUUGUUCCCCUUCGUCAGGAUGUAAGGCUUCUGCUAUCUGUGUUAUUUGGCAGGGGGUAUUUAAAGUAGUGUAUCUGAAUGGAGAAGUGUUUGGACCAGCACUAAUAAAUCCCUGGAAGGGUAGGAUGCUCUGAAAGACUGUUAAACCUGAGAAACCCUGCAGUUUCUGUUCUUAUUACAACCCCUGUCAGGUCUUUCAGUCAUUGCAAAAAUUUUUUAUAUGUCAUUUGAUUAAAUAAUUGUUGCAGA